UGCAACAACUGUUGCCCAGAACAGACGUUAUUUCGUGAGUUUUGGCGUUUGCUUUUUCGUGGCUGUGGGGCGUUUGUUUUUUUUUUUUUUUUGUUUUCUUUCUUUUGAACGGUUGGCAAUAUUUGUAGUUGUUGUGCGAAAAAACAGUUAAUUUGAAGUCUGUGUUCUACGUUUGAGUGUUGUUUCAAUUACGAAUUUGAAGCGGAAUACUCAUAAAACAAAAUUAAACAGUGACAUAACUUGAAAUAUGCUUUUAUAUAAUUUCGUUGUGCGUGAAAGAAAAAACUAAUCAUUAAAAAAAAAAUUUAACUUAGUGGACAGAAUCUUUAUAUAACAUUUAUAAUAUAUAGCAAAGUUAUUGCGUAGCGAAAGGAAUUCGCAAUCCUUUUCAACAUUUUCGAUUGGAAUUUUUUCAAAACAGAAGCAUUAAUCAUGGUCAGCAGCUCGUUUAAGGUAUCGGAAAGAGAGCCGGUAAAAUAUCCAAAAGCCGUUGGCUUUAUUAUCAGCAAUGAGUUCUGUGAACGUUUCAACUACUAUGGCAUGCGAACCAUAUUGGUUCUGUAUUUGACUAGCAAAUUGCAAUACGAUGAUGACACAUCAACGGUUUUAUUUCAUGUCUUUACCAUGCUGGUCUAUCUAUGCCCCCUGGUGGGUGCCAUAGUUGCUGACAGCUGGCUUGGAAAAUUUAGAACUAUUCUUUAUUUGUCAAUUGUGUAUGCGAUUGGUGGUGUAAUUAUGGCUUUGGGUGCAAUACCACUACUGAAGUUGCCAGUACAGGCGGUCACCAUAUUGGGCCUGGUGCUCAUAGCCAUAGGAACCGGUGGCAUAAAACCUUGCGUAUCAGCAUUUGGAGGAGAUCAAUUCCGUUUGCCAGAGCAGGCAAAACAAUUGGCCACAUUUUUCUCGUUAUUCUACUUUGCCAUCAACGCUGGCUCCAUGAUCUCUACAUCGGUAACACCUAUUCUCCGCGAAGAUGUCCACUGUUUCGGCGAUAACGAUUGCUUCUCUUUGGCUUUUGGUGUGCCAGCCAUAUUGAUGUUGUUGUCCGUAGUGAUAUUUGUGGCCGGCAAGAGAUUGUACAUCAUGAAACCUCCUGCAGGAAAUAUGAUUUUGGGUGUAUCACAAUGCAUAACCAAGGCUAUCGGAGGCUGGCAUAGAGAACGUAAAAGCGUGCCACGAAAACAUUGGUUAGACUAUGCCGAACCUGCUGUGGGUAAAAAAAUGGUUUCCGAUACCAAAAUCUUGUUGAAGAUUUUGGUUUUAUUUUUACCCUUCCCCGUCUUCUGGGCACUAUUCGAUCAGCAAGGUUCCCGUUGGACCUUCCAGGCAACCCGUAUGGAUGGCGAAGUUUUUGGUUUCUUCAUAAAACCCGAUCAGAUGCAGGUCAUCAAUCCUUUGCUUAUCUUGGGUUUCAUACCUCUCUUCGACUAUGUGCUGUAUCCUUUGCUCUCAUUGGUUGGCAUUCGCAGACCUUUGCAGAAACUUACCCUUGGUGGACUUUUGGCGGCCGGAGCUUUUCUGCUUUCGGCCUUUGUUGAAUUGAAGUUGGAAGCUGUGGCCCCCGUUAUGCCAGGAAAAAUGACCUCCCAGCUUAGAGUUUACAAUGGCAUGCCUUGCAAUUACAAAUUUUUAAGCGAAUUCCCCAUGAGCAAUGCAAACAAUGAGACCUUCGUCCCCGCCCUGGACAUGUGGGUGGAGAAAGAAGUUAAGGCACCACAGCUAACAGCCUACAGAUUUGAUGCUUCCUCAGAGGAUGCCUCCUGCCCUGGCAUAUCUGGUGUGUUUAAUGUAAAGCCAGGAAAGGCGGUCAGUUACUUCAUAGCCAAUGAUCGAAUGCAUGAGUUCAUCGAUAGCCCCGAACAGCCCAAAUUAGGCAAUCCUUUAUUGCGUGUAAUGCUGAAUGUACCUGCUGGCCAGAGUAAUUUCAGCAUAGUAGAUGCAUCUGGAACUAUGACAGAACUCUCCUCAUACAACACCUCACAAGCUUUGACCGUAACCCGAGGAGUGGUUGUUUUGAAUCUUAAUGGAGCGGCCGUCAUGAAUUUGACUGCACGAGCUGGUGGUGUAUAUGUGCUCAUGGCUAAUGGAAACUUUAAGGAAGGAUUUAAUUAUAAAACUCAUGUCGUUACGGAACCCAAUUCAGUCCAUAUGCUUUGGCAGCUACCACAAAUUAUUGUCAUAACUGCUGCAGAGAUUAUGUUUUCCAUUACGGGUUUGGAAUUUUCUUUCACACAGGCGCCACAAAGCAUGAAAUCCGUAUUACAGGCAUGUUGGUUGCUAUCUGUGGCCCUAGGCAACAUGUUGGUGGUGGUUAUAGCGGAGCUUAAAUUCUUCGAUUCUCAGGCUGCAGAAUUUGCUCUCUUUGCUGGUCUGAUGAUAGUCGAUAUGUUCAUAUUCAUGCUUCUGGCUAUGCGUUACGAAUAUGUAACACACUCGGAAGAAGAAGAUCCUGAAACGGGAGAAAAGUCGGAAAAGGCCAACAAUGGGCAUCUAUCACAAUUGCCUUCCAACAAAGAAAAUCAAUCAUAUAAGACAUCUAAGGAGAGUACAACGGAAAAGGGAGAACAUGAUUCAUCGGCGCCCAAUGGAAUCUCAAAUGAAGCCUACGACCACAAUGAAGAAACCAAAUGAGAGACUUGCUAUGCUGAAAAGAGAAUUGAUAGAAGUCUGCGUUUUCCUCUUUCAAUUCUCUAUGUGAUGUGUACUUAGUUAGUUCAUAGUAUAGAGAGAAAUAGAUAUGUAUCUCCAAUUUGCCAAGUACCUUUAUUUUUCUUUAUAUCUCAAAACUUUUUAUUAUUUUUUUGCUAUUGUAAAACCCAAAAUUUUCAUCUUUUUCAUGAUGCUUAUUUAUUCAUAAUUUUUCUCAUUUCAUUUUAAAGGAUGUAAUUUUUUAUUCCAAUCUAUACCUUUGUUCCCCCACGUAUCUGUUAUACAUUCAAUAGCUGUAACUGUUAUACAUCUUUGUUAUAAUUCAACAUAUUAAAUUAAUGCAUGUGUAUGUUAUGUAUGCCUUUUCUUAUUCUAUAUAUUA